GAAAUAAAGCCAAUUUAAUACUAGUAAUCUGUGAAUAAAGCCUUCAAAGAGAAUAUAACCCCUACGUUUAAAGCCUUGUCGAACUGUAUUUCCAUUUACAGGUAUUUCGUAGCUGGUGAAAUACUCAAUAUAAAACUAUGAAUAAUUCUGCAAACCCUGGUGUACCGCAGGUGCCGCUACUGGAUGACGAUACAAUUGCCUUCGGCGAGGAGGACAAUGCUAACAAACAGUUUGUCCAUCCCUACAUAGUGUUUUUCCACUUGGUGUUUCGAUGUGCAGCCAUAGUGGUAUACAUUCUAUGCGGCUGGUUCUCCGACUCCUUCAUAGCUAGUUUCGUUCUAGUCACACUACUCUUAUCUGCUGAUUUCUGGACUGUUAAGAACAUAACUGGUCGCCUGCUAGUCGGUCUGAGGUGGUGGAACUAUGUGGAUGAUGAUGGGAAGUCUCAUUGGGUGUUUGAAUCUAAACAGAGCCGUAUCAACCGCAACGAGAGCCGUCUGUUCUGGAUGGGGCUGAUCCUGUGCCCUCUCAUCUGGUCCGGAUUCUUCCUCAUCUGCCUCUUCGGCCUCAAGUUUAAGUGGAUGCUGCUGGUAUCAAUAGCGCUGACCCUGACUGGUGCUAAUCUGUACGGCUACGUGAAGUGCAAGUUUGGCGCCAAGGAGAAUCUGCAGUCGGCCACCACAGAUUUCGUCCGCUCUCAAAUUCUACAGAACGCCACCGCUUUCAUGUUUAACCCAACCCCGCCAACCACCGCCAACGCUGGGGUCAUCUAGAAUAUAUAGUAUUGAUUUAU